AUGUCCUCAAAUGGUAUCAGCAACGGGUGCUGUAAAAACGGAAAAACGAAUUUCAGCGUGAAUAUCCUGAAUAGGAAAUGUUCACCCCUAAGUGGAAAACGUGACGCGGGAGAAAAUUCCAACUUUGAGGAUGGGCAAAGAGGACAUGGAGUAGACAGCUCAUGCAAUAAUAACAUCACAUCGGGGGGUGUCCUGAACAGGGAAAUAAUUGCACAGAAGGGUGAACACAACUUAAGCAACCAUAAGAAUGAGCUUUCUCCCCCUAAACAUUUACAGGAAAAUAAUUUUAUUAAUAUGAAGGAGGAACAUGCAAGGCAAAGCGAAAAAUUAAAUUGGGGGUACCCCUUCAAAUGGAACAAAAAACAGAAUGAUCCCUGUGCAGAAAAAGGAAAGGAAGAAAAGGGGAAGGCGGAAAAAUCAGGGGGCGUCUUUUCCAAAAUGGAAAAUGAAUACAAUUCAAAUCAAAAUAAAACGAAAGCCAGUAAUGGCGAUGUUUCGCCAAAAAAUUUGCCUGAACAGGUCAGGCGAAAUGGAAGAAAAAAAAAAAAAACGAGCAUAUCGAAUGUUUUAAACAGUAAUGCCCAAAAUUGGAGCAAAGUACCGAAUGGCAUAGAAAGUAGAAGUUUGCUGCUAAAUGGCGUGGAGGGCAGCCACCCCGAUGAAGCUAAAAAAUCGCGAGGUGAGGAAAAGAUUUUCCCACUCAGCGCUAACAAAAAUAGCGGAAAAAAAACGCUCACAGGAAGCGGCGAAAAUGAUGUAUCCAUCGAAACAUCUCACAGGAAAGAACUUUCACAAGGGGGAAGACAAACGAACAGACAGCAAACAGCUAUUCCCUUUUUCACAUCUCCCAUUCCAAACCCUGAGUGGAAAAGCGAUAAGUGUAGAGAUCAUCGAAAUGGCCACUCCUCCGUUAUCAGUCACACACAAAAUGAAGGACAGCACCCAUUCUACAUGGCCAAAGGCAAAAAUUGCGCCUUGAAAAAAAGGCAUGAAAAUGUAUUGCUGAGCCACAGGGAGGAGGUGAUAUAUGUGAACAAUCGAAAUGGGGGGUUCCAGGACGCGGCGGGAAAAAUGGCAAGCAGCACAGAAAGGAGCAGCGAAAGGAGCAGCGAACGAAGCAGCGAACGAAGCAGCGAAAGGGGUAACGAACGGAGCAGCACAGGCGAUGACGCAGACGACGUGGUCAGCAAUACGCCCAGCGGUGAAUCAAACGAUGGUAUGCGCACCGUGGACAGUGGAAACGUUAAUCUCUUUCCUCCAAAUGGCUGGAACGAUAUGAUGAACAAACGCGCAAGGGAGGAGCAAAACAAACCACCCCAAAACUGCCCAAACGUUUAUACCAACGGAAACCUGACACAUAGCGAAAGAGGCUACGCACUUAGCAGCCAUAAGACACACCAAAGUUUUAUGAACCACGUAAGAAGAGACGGUCACGAUAAGGCCAUUGUUUACGACAUGAAGGAAGAACAAACAUUAGGUGAUUCGAAUGACAGAAAGGAAAGGAACCUCAACGGGAGGGAAAGUCUCCCCAUCUUUGUUAACCCAUUUAACGCAACAAAGUAUGUUGCCAAAGCUGCGCCUGAAUUGAGAAGAAACCCCGUAGGCCAAAACACCUUCCUCCCACGCAGCGAUGUUAUAAAGGCGACGAAGAAGGACAUGACAAGAAAAGACAACACGGUUGAAUGUUCAUCGAGUGUGCAUACAAACUGGGGCACCUGUGAGGGAACCUUUAGAGCAAAUGAGGAGAACAAAAUUGUGAAUGCGAAAGAAAGCAAAAAAGACGAGAUGAAAAGGGAUCAACAUGAUGGCAUUACUUCCCUUUUGCACACCCAAAGUGGAAGCCGAGAAAAUGGGUGCAUAUUAAACCAUUCGUUUGGAAAAGAAAGCUCUGAGGGAGUGAACCACUUGAAUGGAGACAAACGAGAUGGGUGUGUACCUGCUAUGGAAGGAAUGGAAAUUUUGGACGAUGGGAACGAGACACAUAUUUGGGGAGGCAAAAGUUUGUCUCGAUGGCCACAUCAGGGGUGCGAAGUCCCUCUGUGUGCUUCGAAAAACGGUAGCAGCUUUAACCAAAUGAAUGGAACUUCCCAGGUGGGGGAUGACAACGCCAUGUGUCACUCCGUGUCUGAUGGAGCAUCUGAUACAAAGGGGAAGUCAACUCAGAGUAGUUGCCCUCCCCCCUCUAAUCAAAAGGGUCCCUUGUCUCUACACACAAAGAGAGAGCAGUAUCAAAAUGGGGAAGCCACCACAGAGAACCCCCCCGCGGAUGUUAAAUCCAUUUUUAAUUACCACUCCGAGUGGAUGAACCGUUUAGAGAAAGGUAGAGACAAAAUGAGCAACGGGGAAAGGUACCACAUGGGAAGCGUUUACAAAGAAAGCGCACUGACGAAUAAAAAUGGCUGGCUAGAGCAAAACCUACAUAUGCAGAGUACUCUCCCAGUUGUUCGCCCCCACGAAAAAAUGAACCCUUCAGCAGUUACACCUAACGUGGGCACAGCAGGGAAGUUGCUCCACUUGGGGAAGGACGGAAACUCACAGACACACCCUGAUAGAAGAGGAGGGUCUAAAGAAGUCAUAAAAAACGGGGACAUUACAGAAAAAAAACAAAAACAAAAUUUGGGAUACGCCCAAAUGGUGCAUCCUCUGCAGGGGGAACAGACAAACCAACAGAGUUAUGCUCAUCACGAUAUGAGUUUAAUAGAUAACCCAUUAAGUAGCAAACGAGUGGCCCCCAAAUGGCAAGGUAAAAAGAAAAAGGGAACAAACAACAUGUGUAAUCAAAUCGAUGCAGAAGAAUUGACCAAAGAGGAAAAUAAAAAACCACCCCAAGAUAGCUCUCCUUUUUUUGCUAACGGAAAUGGACCACAUUCGCAGAGUGCUGUUCAUGCAAAGGAAGAGCAUACUUAUGGAAAUGUCUCAAAAUGGGAAGAGGCCAACCUAACCCCUGAAAUAGAAAACCUAUCCAUGUGGAUUUCUGAAGCAAAUAAUCUCGAUGGAGGACUUCAUUUUGGAGACGGCUAUUCCCUUCACGGGAGUGAACAAAGCUUGAAAAGAAGGAGCGAAGAAAUUUUAAAUCGAAAAUUGGCUAACCAGCUAGCCAAUGGGGUAGACCCAAAUGGUCAUAACAACAACUUCGUUCUGGGAAGCUAUCCUUACGGGGAUGCACAGAGGAGUGAAUUUUCCGAUUUCACUCCUCUGAGCGGAGUUUUUUUCGGAGUGACCCCUUCCAUUUGCAGGAGAGGCACUGACCAGGUGGGGACUGACCAGGUGAGGACUGACCAGGUGAGGACUGACAACCUCAUCACAGUAGGAGGAGAAUACUUGAGAAGUGGUCCCAAUGAAAGAGGCUUCGACGACAUGAGGAAAAAAAUGUGCGCGGCAUCGUACAACCAGGACGGACGAAACAGUCACACGGUGAACAGUAAUGACAGUUCUAAUGUACUGGGAGGGAGUAAUCCUCCGCAUGGUGCAUCCUCCAUAGGGAGUAACGAACAGGGAAGAGACAUCCGCAGUGCUGCAAAGGUAAGCUACCUGUACAGUUCAGGCGAAAAGGGAGAGAGUAAUGUCCCAAAAUCGGAGAUUAAGCAUAGAAGCAGUUUGUGCGAUGAGGCGGGUGAAGUGGGUGAAGUGGGCGAAGGGGGUGAAGUGGGUGAAGUGGAUGACGCGGAUAAUGCAGCCGACGCAGCCGACGCAACCGACGCAACCGACGCAACCGACGCAGCUGAUGAAGAGGUGCACAGAUUGGGGGAAGAUCUCCCGUUCGGAAGAGACAAAAAGGAGGUCGCUGCAGAGCGUGAGGAUGGAAGCAAAGACACGGGUAUCAAUCAUGAUGGUGACUCAGUCGUACAUGGUUAUGCAGGCAGAUGCGACUAUGACGCCUUGCAGGGGGAGGAAAACCUUCUCGAAGGAAUGACAAAACAACAGGGUGGUGCCACCUUCGACCCGGACAACGACUACAGGUGGAAGCUGUGCCAUGUAAGAUACCCAGAAGAGGUCAACUUCAAGAAGGCCUUUUUCUUUACCUUCCAAAAUGAUAUAUACAUUUAUGGGGCACGCAAAAAUAACUUCGUCAUUCCGGAUCUGUUGUAUCGGAUCCGCGAGAAUGAAGUAGAAUCUGUGCGCACUAGCGGGACUGCCCCCAAGCUGUAUGUCAAGGUUUACUUUGCCGUCGAGGAGGGGGACAUGAGCGGCAGGAUUGGCAGUAGAAGUGGCGGUAGCAGUGGCGGUAGAAGUGGCAGUUGCAGUAGCAGUGGCGGUAGAAGUGACGGUUGCAGCAGGAGUUGCCUUAACUUGGGUGGGGGUGGCGAACCGCGCAAGAGCUUCUACAUCUGGGGGGCCAACGAAAAAAGGCAGCUGGACCUGUACACUGUGUACAGACUAGACUUGUACCGCCUCGAGUGGCAGGAAAUAAGAAUCACCUAUAACAGAAAUUUGAACGUAUGCAGGGAAGACUUUUCUCUCAUGCUGGUUAGGGACUGCUUGUAUAUGUACGGAGGAGUUGUGCUCAAGGAUGGGGAGUGGAUCUGCUGUGACGAGUUAUGGGUGUGCGACACGGGCAGGAGGAAGUGGGAGAUGAUAACUGUGCGGGGAGGAGGGGGAGGAGGAGAAGGAGAAGUAGAAGGAGACACCCAUGAGAAGGACACUCCUCAGAAGGGCACUCCUCAGAAGGGAAACCUAUUUUGCAGCCUUCCCAAAACCAACGUGGUUAAGCUUUUUUCCAAUUCGGGAAAACCUUCACCAAAGAGUAGCCUUCUUAAAGAGGAGCAGAGAAAUAAAACGGACAAAGGAAAGGAUGCACAGGGGGGAGGAAGUCCCAACAGCAAGUCCACUCACACACGUUAUGAGGAAAAGCAACCCAGCAGAAGAGCAGGGCAUCUUUGCGUUUUGCACAAAAACAAAAUGUACGUUCACGGUGGAACUAAUUUGUCUGAAGAAAAAUCAGAUUUUUAUUUUUUCGAUCUAGAAAAAAAUAAAUGGUUUGAGGUUGUGCCACGUGGGGAGAUCGUCCCUUCCAAGAGGUAUGGCCACUCCGGAUUUGUGAUUAAAAAUAAAUUGUACAUAUAUGGUGGGUUCACAAAAACGCUCAAUGGGUAUACCCUGUACAAUGAUAUAUUUGAGUAUGACUUUCAGAAGAACACAUGGAGACAGGUCUUCACAGUUGGAGAUUUAAUUUAUCUAAAAUGUUGCCUUAAUGGAAAGGAACAGAAUUAUUAUCUCAGCUUUUUGAAGUUGCUUGUGAUGAGAAGGUACUACAAGGGUGCUACCAUAAGUGAUUUUUCAAACGUGGGUAGCGUCGAAAAAGUGCUCAGCGGUGCCAACAAGUCGUUGAGUGGUGCCAACAAGUCGCUCAGUGGUGCCAACAAAUCGCUGACUGCCGCCAACAAAUCGCUGACUGCCGCCAACAAAUCGCUGACUGCCGCCAACAAACCGAUGACUGUCGCCAACAAACCGCUAACUGCCGACAACAAACCGCUAACUGCCGACAACAAACCGCUAACUGCCGACAACAAACCGCUAACUGCCGCCAACAAACCGCUGACUGCCGACAACAAACCGCUGACUGGCACCUCUCCUGGGGACUGGACCCAAAAGGGAAGAAAAGAAAGACUAGCCAAUGGUAAGACAAAAAAUGCUCCUAAGUUUGCACUUCUUGAGGAAGACCCACAUAGGAAGCUGCAUGCAAACUUCAUACAAAUCGAAGAAACACCCCAUUGGAGUGAAGCCAUCAUCCCACAAAAUAUUUUCCGAAACAAGUGCCUCUACUUUAAUGGCUCUAUGUACCUCCUUGGGGGAUGCGGGCUAGGCAAUCAUUUUGAAAAAAAGGAGGAGAACAACUUUUUCCUCCACUAUGAAAGUGUUUUUAAAAUGAAAAUAGACCAAUCGUAUAUUCGCUGCUUUACACAUUAUUUGUCUCACGUGGAUGCAUUUUUUUGGGACCUCAUAGCGAAGGAGGAGAUGGCUCUACACCAAUGGGUGCAGCGGGGAGGGAACGGAAAAGAGGACACUGCUUCUGAGCAUCCACCAACUACGUACAACGGAUUUGAUGAUUUAUGGAGAAAAAUUAAUGGAGACAACGAGACUUGCAUGACCUCGGGAGAUGCAUGUCCAAAGGAGGCACCGUUUGCUAUUAACAAAAUUGACCAUAUGUUAAGAGAAAUUUCUACGGGGUUGCUGUCGGGGGAGCUCAGCGAGGAAAACAACCUCGACGGGGGAGACAUGAGGGGGGGCACAUCAACAGGAGCGAAGGUGGUACCCUCGGCGCUGACCAACGGAGCGGUGACCAACGGAGCGGUGACCAACGGAGCGGUGACCAACGGAGCGCUAACCAACGGAACGCUGACCAACGGAACGCUGACCAACUCUGCGGACAAGUGGGGCGAAACAUACAACUUGGGGGACUCCUUUUCGCUCUGCCAAGAGAAAAAAAUAUUCCAAUUGCUUACCUGGCUGAUCGACCUAUAUCACAGUGAUGUCUGCUCUGAUGGAAUGGUCACAGCUAGCGCGCGAGGGCAGUGCCGUUUGUCGAACCUUUUGCUGGAAAAGGGGUCUGCUGGGGGGCGAGGAUCGGAUUCCGCUUCGCCUGCCUUGUUCGCGAAAGGUGGGGAAGACCAGACUGGCAGUUUGGACGUGAGCCCUUUUAACGUGAGCGAUUUUGAAGUGAGCGAUUUUAACGUGAGCGAUUUUAACGUGAGCGAUUUUAACGUCAGCAAUUUUAACGUGAGCCCUUUUAACGUGAGCGAUUUUAAUGUGAGCACUUUUAACCCGCGCGGAGAGGUGGGAAGCCGCCCAAGGGAAAAGAAACAGGGGGAACCGCGUCCCGCUGCUGAGUCGAAGCAGGCCACAAAUGCUCACGCAGAGGGUGCAGGGGGUGCAGGGGGUGCAGAUGAUGCAGAUGAUGCAGAUGGUGCAGAUGAUGCAGAUGGUGCAGAGGACGCACAGGGGGGGAGACCCGCCUGCACAGCAGAAGGUGCUAAAGAACGGGGUCUAAAUGGAGAGUAUUUCCAAAAAAGCAACUUAACGUUUGAUCAGCUUGGAAAAAGGGACAGCAGUAGAUGUAGUGCACCCCUUGACGAAGAAUCGAAAGCUGAUUCUCUGGAGGGCGGUCCCUGUGGAGAGCUCCCCACAGACAGGCGUGAUGCGCACCACGACAACGGCAAGAAGGGCGAUGGUGAGAAGAACGAAAGAAAAAAAAUACAGCCAAGUAAUCAUUACCGAGAGGGGCAUCAAGAAGGCGUAGAGUCUGUCCCCCCCGAGGAAAAACAAAACCCGAAUGACCAGCAUGUGUGUGAUAAAAAUGAUCUACAUUUUGGCAGAGGUGGAAAAAGGGGUGACCAUUUUGAGGAGCAGAAAGGGUUUAUCAGUUUGGGGGCAGCCGAAAGAGGAAGGGAAGAUGGAAGAGGAUGGGAAGGUGGAAGAGGAAGGGAAGGAGAACGACGACGGGAAGGAGAACGACGACGGGAAGGAGAACGACGACAGGAAGAAGAAAUAGGAGGGGAAGGCGAAUUCUCCAGGCACCUUGGCGGGAACACCUACUUCAUCCCUGAUUACCCCAACAACAACCACAUAUAUCUGAAUAUGGAAAAGUCUAUCAUUUACAAUUACCUACAACAGUUUAAUAACCUCACAGAUGACACAUAUUCCAUUAAAAUGAAAAUCAGGAGAAACGAAAUUUACAAGCUGAUAUACACGUACACAAAGAGUGUCGAGAUUCAGAAUAGUGUAUGCUUUAAGAUGCUGGAGGAGUUGGAAGGGCAAGCUAGGCAGCUCCUGGCUGAGAAGGAGCAUCGUAGGGAUGGCGCAUCUCAAAUGGGAAGCGGUGCAACUGAAGCGGCAAGUGAUGGACACCGUUUGGGAAGCGGUGGACACCGUUUGGGGUCAGCUGAAGGGGAACAACCAAAUAACCCUCACCACCUCCCAUUCAGCGAAGACAAUUUCGAAUCACUACAAAACGAACACGGACACUUAAAAAAAAAAAUGAAAUAUUUUUGCGACAUGGCUAAUAUAUACUCCAUAAAAAUUAACAAGUUAAUUUUGUACAUCAAAAUUUUGGAGCAGAAAUACGAGUACGUGAUGAACUGUUUGCUCAAAUUAAAAUCUGUUUUGUUUAGGGGGAGGGUCGUUGCUGGGGACUCGUCGAAGCAUUUGGCUGACCAUUUUGCGGACUACCUGGGUGACCAUUUCGUGCAGCACCUAGGCGACCAUUUCGCUGAUCAUUUGGGAGACCAAUGCGCUGACCACUUGGGAAACCAUUUCGCUGACCACUUGGGUGACCAUUUCGCGAACCACCUGGGAGACCAAUGCGCUGACCAUUUGGGGAAAUUCUUCGCUGAAGAUACCUUCUUUGUGCAUGAACAGAAUGAGAAUGCCAAAUUGUCAAGUUGCGGUUAUGGGAAGCGCGCAAGUGAUGAUGGCAAAAAUGGCGGGCAUCUCAAUUUGGGGAGUUACCUCUAA